UAUAAAAUCAUCCAAUCGUAUAUACACGGAAGAUUUCUAUGAUUUACUUUCUUAGAUCUGAAUAAUACGAGGUUAAUGGUCAUCGAAGGUAACGGCGUCGUUAUUACGAUACCGAACGGAUAAAACUCGUCUUUAUUUACGAGUAUAGUACCACGGACUCGGUUCAUAACUGCGGCAGAGACUCGUGACCGAAUGCAGACAGUUCCGUGAGGAAAACAGACGGUAAAUUUCCUCGUUAUCGAUGAACAUUCGUAUCCACGGAACCUCAUCGAUUUUAUCUGCGAAAAAAGCUCGAAAGGUAGCGGGACCGACGAGGGUACAUUUAGAUCGAUCGACCUUUAUGAUCGCUAAAGGUUGCGAAUUGUUAUCUAAAGCAUGGCUGCGGAGGGAGAAGCAUCGGUAAUGGGGGCGCCCUGGUACACGAAAUUCUUCGAGUACUGGCGAAACAGGAACCGAGUCGGGCCCGGUAAAGUGGAGCUUCUCGACUGCGACUUCUUUAUCGUUGGACCGCGUCGAACCUUGAGGAUCCUGAGACCAAGUCUGAAAAGCGGCUGGUACUACGAGAACACCACCGACAGACCGGAAUCAGUCGUCGACAAUUUCUUCACCCGUUGGUCCAGGAGACCCCACUCGUCCGGCAAUUGUAGAUGUUCAUUUCGGCAAUCACGUCGAUUCAGUACCACCGAGGAGCAAAUUAUUACCGCGGAAUUGAACAGGAUCAGAACGAGUCUCUGCGAAGCGGAGAAGAACGAACGCGCGAUCGAGGAACUGGAACAGAGAGUAUCGGUAAAUUUGCAGCGAUUAAAUACUCCUGAAAAUCAGCAAACCAAACCGGAGGACUCGACGGAGACGCGUACAAGGACAGAAUCGCAAACUGAGAACGAUCAACAAGUAGACGAGCAAACGAUUAAAAACAAAAUCGUGAAGGAUCUGGAGAAGUAUAUCAACGUGCUCCUAGAGGAGAUACUCGACGACACGGUAAAGUAUAUCGUCGACUCGGAGGACGCUCUUAUCAAAGAUAUAACAGGCUCGAAACAGAGAAAAGAAAGGCGAUCGAGCGAGGAUAAAGGGACCACGGAUGAAAGCAAACUGUCCAGCGAGGAACCAGCCACUGGCAAUGAACAGUCAUUCAACGCAAUCAACUUCUCGUUCCGUCCGACUGGAAACGCGAAGGGAACCCAGUGCAAGAACGAAAUAUUAAGCAACGAGGAGGGAUACAUUAAUCGUGGUUUCAUCGGGUCCACCACCGAUCCAGAUUCUUUGGAUUUUUACCUGCGACGAUCCACCGGCACGGAUGUCACCUGUCUGGAGCAAUUGGACUGCAUCGAUUCCGGGAUAAACAGCGUCGAGACGAUCGAGUUUCAGCCAGAUCAGGAGCCCAGUCUCGAGCAAUCCCUGUUGAGGAUCAUCGACGAGAAACUCGGCAGGACACCGUCGUCGUCGUUGCCGCCGCUUGGGAACAGUUGGGAGGAUCUGACCGGCACAGGUGGCCAGGACAACGAUCCUCGUGGCCGGCCGACAAAGAGACGGGACGGCGCGGGUAAGGUGAUUCCGAGAAGUGGCGAGCAGCUGAGCAACGACGAAGGAGAAGGAGGAGGCAAUAAGGGAUCGGAGGUCACCGGGAGGAAGAACGAUGCGGAAAGCGAUGGCGAGCCGCGGGCUCCAAGCGUUGAAACCGCCGGAGGAGGAGGAGGAGGAGGUGGAAUCGAUAUCUCGACGGAUAAUCUCGAGGAUGGCAGAAGAGAACAGCCAACGGUGGAGCCCAAGGAGCUAGAGGAAAUUGUUAACGAGCCCAGUUUCGAGAAUCUCCGGCUGGAAUUCAAGGGCAAACCGAACGACGAGUCGUCCUUGAGGCCCAAAAAGGGUAACGCGAUAUCGAAGCUGCGGGAAAAGCUGUGCGCGAAUCCGACCAAGCCCGAGGAACAGCCUCUGGAGAAUAGCAGCUGGAACGAGAAGAUGGCCGCGUUCCAAACGAAAAGGGACGCGACGUCGAUCGAGCUGGACGAUUAUAGGAAGAUGUGGCCGGACAUCGAGGAAACGUCCACGGCUGGUUAUGAACCGAAUCCACGUGAUUUGGUCACCUUCAGAAGAAACAGGAAGCCGAUGAUCGUGUUCCUUCAUGGGUUUGGAUCGUCUGCGGAGAUCUUCGAGCAUCAGUUGCGAUAUUUCUCUGCUCUUGGGUAUCCUUGCAUCGCGCCGGAUAUGCUUGGGCAUGGUAUGAGUUCAGCACCAGGUCGAUCCAGGGAUUAUCACUUUAACAAACUGCUGAUGGAUCUCGACACCGUCCUAUGCCAUUACGCGUUCAAGCCCGGACAGAAGUGCGUACUGGUAGCGCACAAUUAUGGGUGCAGUUUCGCCGCUGCAUUGGCCUGUAAAUACGACAGUAGGAUACGUCAGCUAGUCUUAAUAUCCGGAGGUGGUCCGACUCCAUUGGCGGCGCCCAGCACCGAAAGUACCGGUCAUUGUUGCCUCCGAGCGAUCCUGGCGCCUUUUUUAAUGUGUGGCCUUCACAGAAAUAUAUUAUAUACCGCGAGGGGCCGUCAACACCCUUACUGCGGCCCCGAGCCACCUGAACAAUGGCCCUCGCACAUGAAAUACGUUUUGGAUGGAAUGGUCUGGCCGGAAGGAGACUACGUUUACCAUAGAAGGAUAUGCACGCCGACGUUACUCAUACAUGGCCUAAGGGACAACAAAACUUGUUUAUCUUUCGAUAUGGUAACCAUGUUGAAAGCUUUCUUGGAAGCGAUUCCAGCAGCCGGCCAUACUCCCAUGACUGAUUGCCCGGAGCAAGUGAAUCACAUGAUACACUGUUUCAUAGAUUUGUGGAACAAUAAGAAAUGGUAGCGUAGUAAAAUACUUAUGUGCAUAUGAUUCACGCAAAAGACAAUUUGUGAAACCGUGUAUAUUAUUACAUAAGAUUAUAUUUGAAUCAAGUUCUUUGUACGGGUAUUCGACUCAUUGUACAUGCUAGAGAAAGAAAAAAAAAGUAAUGUGGUGCCUUGUGCUUAAUUUGCUGCGGCGAAUUCAAUGCAUCGAGACAAAAAUUAGAACCUAUUGUACAUAAUCUAGUUUUCUAUUGGUGAGAAUUCGUUUGUAUAGAUGCUAUUUUAUACAAUUGUAAUAAUGUAAUCAAUUUUUUUUAGAAAUAUUUUUCUACGGUUUUUUUUUAAAUCUAACGUCGUGCGAUAGAGAAGUAAGUAUGAGUUAUUCACAUUUGUAAAGAAAUUGUAUAAGUCUGCAUGAUAACUGUGCCAAAACGUGUACACGGUUGUUACGAUGUUUGUUUAUAUUUACGCGUCCUUAACGAAGGUUUGUUUGUAAAUGAAAUUGUAAAAUA